UAUUAUGUGGUAUAUCACGUUGGUCUGCUAACGCAAAACUGCGUUUCUGCAAAAACAAGAAUGAUAUAUAAAAUUAUCUACAUCUGUGCCUUUAUCAUCGCAACAAGUGUUGCUGCUAUUCAAAAUUCCAAUUCGAAUGAUAAGGAGAUAAAUUAUCGGCUUCCUAAUCACACAAAACCGAUAUUCUAUGACCUUAAGUUAAAUCCGUAUCUUACAAUAGAUAACUUUACGUUUGAGGGGGAAAUAUUCAUUCAUAUUGAGAUUUUGAGCAAGACGAAGACUUUAAUGUUGCAUAUGAACAAAUUAAUAAUAGAUGAAGACUCAACUUUCUUAAAAAGUAACAAUGGAUUAGAUUUUUACGUUCCUAUUACGUACAGUCAUAACAAUCUAACCGAAUUAUUGAGCCUUGAUUUCGAUGAGGAACUAUCUAUUGGACGUUAUAUUUUAUAUCUGAAAUUUGCUGGUCUGCUGAACGACAGACCAUAUGGAUUCUACAGAAGUUCUUAUGUCAGUGAUACGGGAAAUACAGUAUGGUUCGCUGGGACAUAUUUUAUGGCAACUUACGCGCGCGUUGCUUUUCCCUGUUGGGACGAGCCGGCGUUAAAAGCCUCUUUUAAAAUUGCUAUCAAACACCAUCGCAAUUACACGGCCAUUUCGAACAUGCCGAUCUCCGAAGAGUCGGAAGUCGAUGAGACUGACGGAAAGAUGUGGACACAUUUUAAAGAAUCGCCCCGCAUAUCAACGUACCUAGUCAGCUUCCUAAUCUUCGAUCUUCGUAAUAUAAGCAAUUCCGAUGGAACCAUCAACGUCUGGAGCAGAGGCAACGUAAUUUCCUCGGCGAGUUUCGCCCAUGAAAUUGCCCAGAAAGCGGCGAUCGAAUUGGAACGAUACACCAACAGUUCCGUUCGGCUGGCCAAAGUCGAUCACGUUGCGCUUCCUGACAUAUCCAAUAAGGCCAUGGAAAGUUGGGGGCUUAUCACCUACAAGGAACAUACGAUACUGAACAAUGGAGAUACUAGUCGACCUGACGCAUUCUAUGUAAUAACAAACAAUAUCAUUCUUCAAUCAAGCCAUCAAUGGUUCGGUAAUGCUAUCAGUCCUUCCUGGUGGAGUGACAUAUGGAUAAAUGGAGGACUUGCUGAAUAUUUGAAAUAUUAUAUCGCUGACAAGAUAUAUGAAGAUCGGCGAUUUGUGAAUUUUUUAAUUGCAAAGACACUGGAUUUAUUGCUUGUUAUUGAUAGUUAUGAUCAUGUAAAAUCUCUUAAUUGGCAGCCUAAUACCACUAAAGAAAUUAAUUCAAAAAUAAUUUCUUCAUUAGACAAUCGCAAAGCUUUUCUGCUUUUACGGAUGCUUUCACAUUAUCUUUCUGAUGAUGUAUUCCAUGCAGGACUCAUCAGAUAUCUUAACAAACACAAAUACAAUGUAGCCAAGCCUGAAGAUUUAUGGAACGCUUUGCAAGAUGCAUCUGAUGAAUCAGGAAUACUUCGAAAUGAGUUUACAAUUCAAGAAGUACUGGACUCCUGGGCAGGACAAAGGGGAUAUCCCCUUGUUACUGUAACUAGAGAUGAGAUUCCUGGAAAGAUAAAAAUUACGCAAGAAUAUUUUGAACCAAAUGAAAAAAUGCUUUUUAAGAAUAGCAAUAGUACAGACACUGCGAACAAAAAAUGGUGGGUUCCAAUAAAUUUUGCAACUCGUACCAAUCCAAAUUUCUCGUCAACUUCAGUCACGCACUGGUUAUCACCAGAAGCUGAAGAGCUUAUAAUCGAUGAUAUUGACCCACAAGAUUGGAUUAUCAUAAACAUUCAACAAAUUGGUUUUUAUCGUGUAAAUUAUGAUACAAUGAAUUGGUUGAAAAUUGCUGAUUAUUUGAAUUCCGAGAAUUAUACAAAGAUACAUGUUCUGAAUCGUGCGCAAAUAAUUAAUAACGCGAUUUAUCUCAUGCUCGAGGAUAAAUUAGAUCCCAGAAUUUUCAUGAACAUCAUGAAAUAUUUGCGACGUGAAACAGAUUACACAGUAUGGUCUUCAGUAUUUAAAGUUUUGCAAGCUGCAACCAAUAUUUUUACUUAUAAUGGAGGAGGUGAAUUGCUUAAAAUGUAUGUCCUGGACUUGAUGAACAAUAUUAUAAGGACUAUAGGUAUACAAAGUCGUCCAAAUGAUGAUUAUUUUACAAAAAUGACGAGAUAUGAAAUGCUUCAUCAUGUAUGCGGUUUUGAUCAUCCUACGUGUUUACAUGAAGCUCAUACUCAACUAAUUGCUUAUUUGGAAAAUUCAACAUUCGCAAAAAGAAUUUCAUUUUAUGAAAAGAAAUGGAUUUUCUGUAAUGGCGUGAAACUAGCGAAUGAAACCAUUUGGAAUAAAGUGCUGUACAUGUACACAAAUAAGAUUGAAUCAACAUUAUAUUGUCUUGGAUACUCGAAGAACUUGACUAUUAUCGAAAAAUAUUUAAAUAUGACUAUAUCAGAUGAUUCUCCAAUUGCGAAAAACGAUGUUUUUCGUGUUAUCUACUCCGUAUUAAGUGCAGAUUUUCCAAACGUCGAUAUGAUGAUGGAUUUCAUCGUAAAUCAUUGGAAUAAACUGACAAUCAUUUUUGAUCAUCCUAUUGAAUUGCUAAAUGAUAUUACAUGGAAUAUUAUAUCUAGGAAGCAAAUUCAAAAGAUAAAAGCAUUGUUAAGUAAACUUGGAAUGGAAGUACCACAAAUCAUAACAAUGCGUGAGCAAAAUAUAGAAAAGAUGGAAACAAUAGUGAACAAAAUUCAUGUAUGGUUAGAAAAAAACAAAAGUUUAAACUUAUCUACAAAUAUUACGUCUAGAUGAAUUUAAUUAUUUUAUUGACAACUAUAAUAAUAUUGUAAAAAAUUGAUUAAGAAUUGUUAUAAUUGUUAAUAAUAAUAUUAUAUAAAUGAGAUUAAUAUAGUACAAAAAUUCCAACAGUUUUAAAUUAUUAAAAUAUAUAGUUUAA